AUGAGCUACAACGAAAAGUGUGAUAGUAUAACAAAGGAAGAUUGGAUGCGAAAAUUGGAACAAUUUCCAUAUAAGCAAAGCGAUAUGAAUCGAUUAAUUAUGAAUUAUUUAGUUACUGAGGGAUUCAAGGAGGCUGCAGAAAAAUUUCAAUUAGAAGCUGGACUUGAACCGAGUAUUGAAUUAAGUUCAUUAGAUGACCGUAUACUUAUACGAGAAGCAGUUCAAAGUGGCCGCAUACAGGAAGCUACACAUCUCGUUAACCAAUUGCAUCCCGAGUUGCUAGACAACGACCGUUAUUUAUUCUUUCACCUACAACAGUUGCAACUUAUUGAAUUAAUUCGCGCUGGAAAAAUUGAGGAAGCUUUAACAUUUGCUCAAAAUAAAUUAUCCGAAGCAGGAGAGGAUAUUCCUGAAGCACUUAACGAACUUGAACGAACUUUAGCCCUGUUAGCUUUCGAGAAACCACAAAAUAGCCCUUUUUCUGAUUUAUUAGAACAGUCACAUAGGCAAAAGAUUGCCAGUGAACUGAAUGCAGCCAUACUUAAGUGCGAACAUAGCACUGAUUCUACACCUAAAGUAAUGUUCUUACUAAAAUUAAUCCUUUGGGCGCAAUCGAAACUAGACAUUCGGGAUGUUCAUUAUCCAAAAAUGUCUAAACUGGAAACAGCUUUCAUUGAGAAACCCAAAUAGUUCAAUGGAAAAGUGUAUUGCGUUAGUUUAUGGAAGAUUGAUCCUUUAUAAAUUGGAAAUAACCAGAAGCAAAGUGUUUUUAAGGUUUAUUAGCUGGCGUUUGCUUUCUUAGUAAGAAAUAUUAAUAUUAAGAUAUGUAUAUGUAAUCGUGUGUACAUUCUCUACGAAAUAAAUAAAUUCACAAAUGUAAAACUCAACAGUUUAUUGCAUUUGUUUUCUCCAUGCUAGUCUGGCUGUAUUGGAUUCAUAUGUAAA